AUGCACUUCCCAACCAAAGCCCAAUUUCCCCCACCUCCCAGAGAGGACCUGGAUUUGGCCAAUCCGGCGUCGACUCCUGUCAAUGGCCAUGUUCAGUGCAAGUACUCACGGAAGACUGGCGAAUGGACGAAGCCUGCCUUUGUCCAAGAUCCAUACCUUCGCGUCCAUGGUCUUGCACCGGUGUUCAACUACGGCCAAGAAGUCUACGAGGGUUUGAAAGCUUUCCGUGACCCGUCAGGGAACAUCAACGUCUUCCGCCCAUCUUUUCAUGCCAACCGGAUCAACCACUCCGCCAGCUUACUGUCAAUCCCAUCGCUGCCUGAGGCUCUCUUCCUUGAAUCCGUAAACCUGGCCGUGGCCGAAAACGCCGAGUUCGUUCCAUCCAACGCCUCAAAUGGAAUGCUGUACAUUCGCCCGAUCCUUUUCGGUUCCUCCCCAAGCAUUCAACUUUCGCCACCAGAUGAGUACACUUUCUGUGUGUACGUCACACACGCAGCCGCAUACCAUGGCAUCAAUCCUCUCGACGCCCUCAUCCUGGAGGACUUCGAUCGAGCUGCACCGAGAGGAACGGGCAGCGGCAAGGUCGGUGGCAAUUAUGCUCCGGUUAUGCGAUGGAGUGAUGCGGCGAAGAAGGAAGGAUUCGGGAUCACCUUGCAUCUCGACAGUGCCACACGGUCGGAGGUGGAGGAGUUCUCGACGGCAGGUUUUGUUGGGAUCCGCAAGGUGGAGGACAGUGUGUCGGUUGUUGUUCCUGACAGCAAGAACAUCGUCGAUAGCGUUACAGUCAACAGCAUAAUGGCCGUUGCAGGGAAGCUCGGCUGGGGUGUGGAGAGAAGAGCUAUCAAAUACGACGAACUCUCUCUGUUCGACGAGAUCCUGGCAUGUGGCACAGCUGUGACUGUGAUCCCGAUCAAGACCAUCACAUGCAAGAGCCGCAACGACAAGAUCACUUACGUCAGUGGCGAUGACGCCAAACCUGGACUCUAUGCAACAAUUCUUGCGGGCCUCAUAGGUGAUGUUCAGAAGGGCAGGGUACAGGAUGAGUUUGGUUGGCUCGCCAAGGUGGAAGGCUCGACUGUCUAG